ACAGAGAGAGAGAGAGAGAGAGAGAGAGAGAGAGAGAGAGAGAGAGACAGAGAGGGAGAGAGAGGGAGAGAGAGAGAGAGAGAGGAUGGUUCGGAGGAUUUAGCCCCGGCAGCGUCUUUUCCCGUCCAGCACAACAAGCUUAUUACCUUUCUCUCCACGCGCUUGGAAACGGAUUUACGCACACGAACUGGAGGAGUUUGGAGGACUAGUAGGAUGCUGAGUAUCUUUCCUCCUCGCAACUGUUCUCCACCCUGCUCUCCAUGACCUGAGAGCGCCAUCACAGCGGGAGGAAAGAAACACCAGAGAGAGAGAGGAAGAGGAGGGCAGAAGGCCAGGGAAGGAAGGAAGGAGCACACUUUUUUUGUUGUUGUUGUUUGUUUUCCCUUUCCGAAAUGGCGGCGACGGAGGCCAACGCGGCGCCGGUGGUCCAGGAAGAUGGGAAAACCCCCGAGAGCAAGCCGACAGAGGCAGAGCAACCAGCUAAAAGUGCCAAUGCAAACUCAGAGACUGUCAACAAUGAGAUUGUCGAUAAAGACGGCACCGCUGUCAACAACGAGGUUGUCGAUAACAAAGAGACUGUGAAUAAUGACACAGCGGCGGCAGCAGGAGCUGAGGAGGGAGAAGCAGCGGCGAGCGAGGAGGCGGCAGCUCCUCAGAGCUCGGAAAACACCUCCACUGCUGAGCCCAAGACCUCGUUCCUGGACUCCUUCCUCAACAAGAGCGGUCUGGGGAAGGUGAUGGGAGGAAGGAAGAAGAAAGAGCAGAGCGCAGCCGCCGGAGAGGAGAGCACAGCCGAGGGAGGCGAGAAAGAGGGAGAGAAAGUUGAGGAGGCGGCUGCAGCUGAGGGAGGCGCAGAGGGAGGUGCAGAAGGAGAAGCAGCGAUAGAGAAAGCUCCAGAAAACGGAGAGAAGGAGGAGGAGAAGAAGGGCAAACCUGCGGAGUCCAAAUCCACAGUCCGAGAUCUGAUCAGGAAGCCGGUGGCGAGGAUCUUCUCCCAUCGCAGCACUGAGAAGAAGGACGGUACCGCCGCAGAACCCCAGAAACAAGUAAAGGUCCGAUCCAAGUCCCUGGACCGACUGGAAGAUCCUGAAGCACUUAACACCACCGCAGACUCCACUGUAGAGGAGGCAGGAGCAGCAGGAGGAGCAGAAGGAGGUGCAGAGGAAGAACAGAAAGCUGCAUCCUCCUCAGCAGCCACCAAGCACAUGAGGCGUUGGCACUCCUUCAAGAAGCUCAUGGCUCAGAAGGCACACAAAAAGAGCGGAGGAGGAGUAGAGGAGGGCAAGGAAGAGGAUGGAGAAGGAGGCGGCAGAGACUCCUCCACGCUGGACUCCAAGGACUCGGGGCAGAAGAGGUGGAAGCUGAAACGCUCCUGGACCUUCCAGGGUCUGAAGAGGGACCCGUCCAUCGUCGGCAUCAGCGGCAAGGCCAAGAGCUCCGACAAAGACUCUGUUGACAAGCCAGAGGAGGUGGCAGGAGCUGAGGGAGGAGAGGAGGCGAAGGUGGAAGAAGGAGCUGAGGAGUCCAAGACAGAGGGAGGAGAGGAGAAGGAGAAAGCUGAGGAAGGAGAGGAGGAGAAGGCAGCAGCAGCGGCGGGAGGUGGAACCGUGACGCAACACGCCAAUGAGAUCUGGACUUCCUUCAAGAAGCGCGUCAUCCCGAAGUCCAAACGCGCCAACACGGAGUGCGCCCCCAGUGCGGAGGAUGAUGCAACUGCAGCUGCCGCCUCAGGUGAGGAGGGAGCAGCGGAGGAGGGCAAAGACGGCAAGUCAGCCAAGGCCAAGCGCUCACAUUUUGGCCGUGCAGUUUCCCUGAAGAACUUCAUCAUGCGAAAGGGCAAGUCCACCAGCGUGGACAUGGGUGAGGGUGCCAAGGAAGAGGAGGAGGCAGCAGAGGGAGCAGAGGCAGCCGAGGAAGCGGAGGAAGCCGGCGCCGAUGGUGAAGCUGCCACAGCGACCGAGGAGACCAAUGACAAAGAUGCAGCCACGGGCGAGAAGACGGAGGCGGCGGAGAGCGGAGGGGAGGUGGCGAAGGAGGCGGAGAAGGAGGUGGAGAAGACGCCGGCCGACGCUCCAGUGACCAAUGGGGAGAACAACGGCCACACUAAUGGCACGGCGGAGGAGCACGACACACACAAUCACCAGGAGGAGGAGAAGACGACGGGGGGCAGCCCCGUGAAGAAGACCAAGGAGGCAGGAGCGAAAGAUGAGGCCAACGCCAAGAUCAUCAACGCCACAGCAGCUGUGAACAGCGACAAAAAGGCGGGAAACGUGUGAGGCCACACAAAGAGGAUUAGAACUGCCCGGGAUUCGCUGAGCAAGGAGCUCUGAGCCCCUCCUCACAACCCUAACUCCUCCUCCUUCCUCCCCCUCCUCCUCCUCUAUCCCUCCAUCCCUCCUCCUCCUCCUCCUCCUCCUCCUUCCUCCCGAAUAAACAGAGUAAUCACGUGUUAACAGAUCACCAUGGUGAGAAAGAGAGAGCGAGAGAGAGACUGAGAGAAUGAGAAAGAUGCAAUUCAUGUAGAUGAGAAGUGAAAAAUAAUAAUCACUCAGAAAGCAAUAAUUCAAGCCCUCCUUUCUCCAUCCCUUCAUCCAUCCCUUCAUCCAUCCAUCCAUCCAUCCAUCCUUUCAUUUCCUCCGUCCGAUUACAUGCAUACAUUCAAAAAACAUCCAGUGUUUUUAUUUUUUUCUUUGCUUGUCUGUGAGAUUUUUAUAUUGUCUACGAGAGAAAAGAAAAAUGCAGAAAUGUUAAAAAAAAAAAAAAGAAAAUCGAGACAUUCCACCUCCUCCUCCCUCCGUUUAUUUCCUCCUCCCUCCCUCCCCCCAUCCCGCCUCUCGCCACCGCCGCCGUCCUAUUUUCCUCCUCGUCGAGCUACUUAACUCUGCUCUCUGUCUCUACCGACUCCUGAUUGGUGGAUUUAAAGAACAAAAAAAAAAAAAAGAAACAAAAAAAAGACUGUUAGUUUUAUAUCGACGGCCAUUUUGGUUUGUAGUCUUCCCCCCUCGACCCUCUCAGCCCCUCCCCAUCCGACCCCAGUAGAUAUUUGACAGUACAGCAGGACCAUGUUGCUACAGUAUAUAAACUGCCCUGAGGACUGCCACUUCCCAACCAACACUGUAAUGUCUUCAGCUCUGUGUGUUAAUGUUUUUAGACUGUUAUAUUGUGUACAUGAAUUAAAAAAACAAAAACAAGAAAAAACCACCAUCGAAUAUUAAAGUCAAAAAUGUUUUUUGUUUUUUUCUUCUUCUUCCUCUUCUUCUUCUUCUUCUUCUUCCUCCUGUUUUGGUUUGGAUUCUCUUUUUUUGUCUUUCUUUGUUUUUAUUUUCUAAAAACACAUCUUCUCACUGUUACUGCAGUCUGACGAUAUGCUGUAAUUAAAACAAACAAAAAAAAUAAUAAUAAUGAUGAUGAUGAUGUUUUGUUGGUCCAAGUUUUCACAUGUCCGCUAGCAAAUUGUCAAGAAAAAAAAAUAGUACAAUAAAGACUAAAAUCUAACAACUAAACUGCAA